UUCUUCUGCAUACGUUAGAUAAAGCUAAUCGUAACUUGUACAAACUAUUACAGUAUUACUUCAAUCUUUCAGAACACAUCUAUACCAACUGCAUAUAUUUCAUUGCCAUCAAAUAUUCUAAAGAAGUAAAAGCCGAAUUUUCCAGAUGAAUUUGUGCAAAGUUUUCUAAAAUAGUGGACAAAAUGCUAUAAUCCGAGCCGGCCCCAUACACGGCUGUAGUUGGCAGCCUUUGUUGAAUAUGUAACCUUGUCUUCCAAAUCAAAUGGCUUUUCUGCAAAAGGAUACAGAUGCAAAUACUUUUCCUCAGAAUCAGAGAAGCGGAGAAGGGUCUUCAACCAUGACUGUUGCUUUUCCUUUUUUAAAACUCUAAGCAAGACUUCAACUACCCUAACCUAACCCCUUUUGUUGUCCUGUUCAACUUGUCUGCCUACUUAACAUUUUUUCUAAUGGACGUAAUAACACCUUAAGACUUGGCUCUGGUAGAUGAAUUCAUAUGCUAAUUUCCCUCAUUAGAUCUCGCAGUCUUCCCGGGAAUUUGUCCUUUUGAAGAUAGUACCUAACUCUAUGUUAACCCUAGCCAAGGAAAGACUCGUUAAAGAUACAUCAAUAUCAUACCGAUUGAUAUGAUCAAAGAUUCAAAGGAUUUCCCUUAGUCACAAGGUUUGAGUUAGAUUAGACAACCAAAAAGACGCCUUAAUUUACCUUGUGACAUGCAAGGGUGUUUGCAAAGUGUCCCUGCCUAAAAGGGUUUUUUUGCAACAACUAAAUAAACGUGACGGACCCAGAGGAAGAACUAAUGGGGAAAACUAAUUCCAAUUCCCAUAAUUUCCAACUUCUGGUAAUCAUUUCCAAGGUUCUUAAUAUCCUUAGACAAAUAAGAUGGCACAUAAAUAACAUUCGUAAGAAUUAGCUUCAUUUGUACAUCUGUGAUAAGCAUCCUAUGCCUUCAGAGAUGGGGAAGGAAAGGGUAGAAUUUGUCUUCAGUUAUUCUCAGCUAAAGUUAAUGCACGCUUCUACUUAUCAAAAAAAAAAAUUAAUGCACACUUUUGACACCAUACCACAAGUUUCCAGUAGGUUUAUCAGGCAAGACUUGUUCCUGGACCAUGCUUUUUUGCUGAAUUAGUAUUAGGUCAGACGGAGUAAGAGGUAAUAAUAAUAUAACUAGAAACAAAGGACAAUAAACCAUGCAAGAAACACGACAGUUCAUGCACAAGAGACCUCCUUGGGAAACUUUCAAGAACCCCUAAAUUCCAUACACACUCAAUUAAUCGAUUCUCUUAUUAAAGCAUGGACCUCCUUCUCCGAUUUCCUCAGAAUUCACAACCCUUACAGAACUAUGUAUAGACCUGUAUUUCCAAUUCCACCAGCCCGCAUCCACAGCCUUCUUCAUACAUUUCUAUAACUGUUAAUACCAAGAACCCCAAAAGAAUCAAGCUUUUCUCGGAACGAUUUACAUAUUCAGUAAACCAUGUGUAUAACCUCGCGACCCAUUACACUUAUUUCCAUUCUUGUUUCUCUUUUCCUGGUUUCCUCUGCUCAAACAUGCUCAAACUACACUUUCACAUCCAGUAGAGUCUUCAGCUCUUGCAUUGAGCUUCAAUAUCUACAGGCUCAUCUCCACUGGACCUACAUACAAUCAACUAGACAAGUUGAGAUUGCUUACAGAUCCAAUCAAACUUCUGAAGGGUGGAUCGCUUGGGCAAUCAACCCUAAUAAUACAGGCAUGCUUGGAUCACAAGCGCUUGUGGCUUUUCACAACGCGAAUGGGAGCAUGACCGCUUAUCCCACUGCAAUAACAAAUUACAACCCUUCAAUGGUGCCAGGAACUCUAAGCUUUAAGGUUUCAAAUAUAUCCGCGGAGUAUUCAAGAAAUCAAAUGACCAUCUUUGCUGUUGUUGGCCCAUUGGAUAAAGGUACAAUGGUGAAUCAUGUGUGGCAAUCUGGGAGUUCAGUUUCAAGCAAUAUUCCUCAGAUGCACCCAAUAUCUGGGGAACAUGUUCAAUCUAUGGGGAGACUAAAUUUUCUGCCAGGUUAG